UCUGCCGUUUCCCCGCUAAUUUCUCUCGGUCACCCGUUGACGUGCGACGUUCCUCUUCCCCAACCCGCCCUCUCAAUUCUCCAUUUCGCUGUUCUAUUCGUUCGAUCCGAUCGGAAUCAGGUGCCGCUCCAUCUUCCGAUCCAUACUCCCAUCUUCUCCCUCCUCCUCGUCGGCAUCGACUCCCAUCUCACCUCCUCGCAACCCAUGAUCUAGAUCGGUGGGAGGACAGGGAGGAGGGGCAGGAAGCCAAGAUGGCUCACCGAGUGGAUCACGAGUACGAUUACCUCUUCAAGAUCGUCCUCAUCGGCGAUUCCGGCGUCGGCAAAUCCAACAUCCUCUCCAGAUUCACCCGCAACGAGUUCAGCUUGGACUCCAAAUCCACCAUCGGCGUCGAGUUCGCCACCAAGACCCUUCAGAUAGAAGGGAAGACGAUCAAGGCGCAGAUUUGGGACACCGCAGGUCAAGAGAGGUAUCGUGCCAUAACCAGUGCGUAUUACAGGGGUGCAGUGGGAGCACUCCUAGUCUAUGACAUGACCAAGAAGCAAACCUUCGACAAUGUCCAGAGGUGGCUUCGUGAACUUAGGGAUCAUGCGGAUUCCAACAUCGUCAUCAUGAUGGUGGGUAACAAGUCGGACUUGCAGCAUCUGAGAGCGGUUUCAGAGGAUGACGGCCAGGUUUUAGCCGAGAAGGAGGGGCUCUCUUUCUUGGAGACUUCAGCACUGGAAUCACUCAACGUCGACAAGGCAUUUCACUCGAUCCUGACGGAGAUCUAUCGCAUCAUAAACAAAAAGGCACUCGCAGCCAAAGUGGCAGCAAAAACGGCAGCCCCCCCGACUCAAGGCACGACUAUCAAUGUAUCUGACUCUGCUGGAGGCUCAAAGGGUGCUUGUUGUUCGACCGCUUAGGUGAUUGCAUUUCAGAAUUAACACUUGUGUUCUGCUUCCCGGUCUAGAUAAUGAUUUAUAGAUUAAAAGAUCAUGAUAACGUCGUGUAGUGCAAAUCGUGGACACUUGAAGUUUCGGAGACACAGCAUCCCAAGAUUGUGGUUCCCUUUUUUUUGUCUCUUUUUGUACUUUUUUUCAGUCCAUUGUUUAAUGAUUAAUUUUCUUUUGCA